UAUGACAACAAUAACAACACACGUGUGGAUAACAACAGGCAAUUUAGGUGUUUUUGGCCAAAAUGUCGGUAUAAAACAUAUAUUGAAAAUAAUUUAUUUAUACAUCAAUUAAUGCAUUCAUCUAUAAAACAAUUUGAAUUUAGGAUAAUAGAUGCCUUUAUUGUGCUAAUUGGCAGCCAAACAGAUAAUAAUGUAAAAUGUGAAAGCGAUUUAGUUAAUCAUAAACUCAUUCAUUCAUCUCAUAAACCAUUCAAAUGUAAUGAUUGUAAUAAAACAUUCAAAUCUCAGUCAUCAGUUAAUUGUCAUAUAAGUUGUGGCAAAUAUUUUGCCAAUUUAAAACAUUUAAGACAUCAUAAACGAUAUAUUCAUCUGAGUAUAAAACCAUUCAAAUGUGAUGUCGAUAACUGUGGUAAACAAAUUGCUACUAAAUCUGGACUUUCAUUACAUCAACGAAAGUAUUCAGGAAUUAAACCAUUUAAAUCACGUGAAUCGCGUGUUAUUCUUGUUAUCCACACGUGUGUUGUUGUCAUAACAAUCACUAUCAUCACUGAUUUUCAUUGA